AUGUCGUCGGAAAAACCUCUCUUAUUUUUCUCCCUUAAUAUUCUUCUUUCUUUCCUUCUCGUUUUUCUGUCUCGUUCCUGUUUCCUUAAUUUCUCUUUCAUUCAUUCUUUUUUUCAUUCUUUCUUUCAUCCUCUUUCUUUCAUUCUGUUUUUCAUUCCCUCAUUCAUUCUCUUUCUUUCAUUCUAUUUUUCAUCCUUUCUUUCAUUCUCCAUCUUUCAUUCUAUUUUUCAUUUUUUCUUUCAUUCUCCAUCUUUCAUUCAAUUUUUCAUUCUUUCUAUCAUUCUCUUUUUUUCAUUCUAUUUUUCAUUCUUUCUUUCAUUUUCUUUUUUCAUUCUAUUUUUCAUUCUUCCUAUCAUUCAAUUCUUUCAUUCUAUUUUUCAUCCUUUCUUUCAUUCUCUUUCUUUCAUUCUAUUUUUCAUCCUUUCUUUCAUUCUCCAUCUUUCAUUCUAUUUUUCAUUCUUUCUAUCAUUCUCUUUUUUUCAUUCUAUUUUUCAUUCUUUCUUUCAUUUUCUUUUUUCAUUCUAUUUUUCAUUCUUCCUAUCAUUCUCUUUCUUUCAUUCUAUUUUUCAUUCUUUCUUUCAUUCUCUUUCUUUCAUUCUAUUUUUCAUCCUUUCUUUCAUUCUCCAUCUUUCAUUCUAUUUUUCAUUUUUUUUUCAUUCUCCAUCUUUCAUUCUAUUUUCAUUCUUUUUCUAUCAUUUCUUUUUUUUCAUUCUAUUUUUCAUUCUUUUUUCAUUUUCGUUUUUCAUUCUUUUUUUCAUUCUUCCUAUCAUUUUUUUUCAUUCUAUUUUUUCAUCCUUUCUUUCUUCCUUUUCAUUCUAUUUUUCAUCUUUUCUUUCAUUCUCCAUCUUUUUCAUUCUUUUUUCAUUCUUUCUAUUUUUCUUUUUUUUCAUUCUAUUUUUUCAUUCUUUUUCAUUUUCUUUUUUCAUUAUUUUUUCAUUCUUCUAUCAUUCUCUUUCUUUUCAUUCUAUUUUUCAUUCUUUCUUUUUUCUUUCUUUCAUUCUAUUUUUUUCAUCCUUUCUUUCAUUCUUUUUCAUUCUAUUUUUCAUUCUUUCUUUUCAUUCUCUUUUUUUUUUUCUAUUUUUCAUUCUUUUUUCAUUUUCUUUUUUAAUUCUAUUUUUCAUUCUUCCUAUCAUUCUCUUUCUUUCAUUCUAUUUUUCAUUCUUUCUUUCAUUCUCCUUCUUUCAUUCUAUUUUUCAUUUUUUCUUUCAUUCUCCAUCUUUCAUUCUAUUUUUCAUUCUUUUUUAUUCUCUUUCUUUCAUUUUAUUUUUUCAUUCUUCCUUUUCCGUUAAUCCAAUCGCCCUGCCUCCUGAAAUAUAUUAUUCACUAAAAUAA